AAGAGAGAAGUUUAGGAACUUAAAGAAAAACCAUACACUAGAACUUUCUGGUAGGAGGGGGAAGGGAGGGGUCCCAAGACUAGAGGAGAGAGAAAUCACACCCUCAGGAAUAGGCAGGUAGGAAAUAGGCUGUAUCAGGAGAAAUGGCUCAACCGUUCAGAGCACUGGCUGUUCUUCCGGAGGACCCAGGUUGGAUUCGGAACACCCACGUGGCAGCUCGUGACGAGGAGGAUGGUAGUGGCCGGAGUGAUGGCUCAGCAGUUAAGAGCACGUACUGCUCCUGAGGGGCAGGCAGAGAGGCGGCGGUUUCUUUUAGAAUGCCGGCAGGCGGAGACCCGCCCAGACGUUCAAGCCCCGCCCGUUCCCGCUUAGCCCCGCCCACUGGAGGCGGGACUCCGGAAGGUUUGAAAGCGCGGCGCGCUGAGCUGGGUGGCUCGGCUGCCGCUGAGAUGUCGGUGCUGAGGCCGAUGGACAAGCUGCCUGACCUGAACCGGGCCACCAUCUUGCUGGUGGGCACGGAGGAUGCGCUUCUGCAGCAGCUGGCGGAGUCCAUGCUCAAAGACGACUGUGCUUCCGAGCUGAGGGUCCACUUGGCCAACUCCCUCCCUUUGCCCUCUGACGUGAACCGGCCCCGAAUCGACCUGAUUGUGUUUGUGAUUAACCUGCACAGCAAACACAGCUUCCAGAAGGUAGAGGAAUCUCUGAACCAUGUGGACAGUCGCUUCUUCCUGGGGAAAGUCUGCUUCCUCGCCACAGGGGCUGGACGGGAGAGCCACUGCAGCGUUCACCGGAGCACUGUCGUGAAGCUGGCCCACACCUACCGAAGCCCCUUGCUCUUCUGUGACUUAGAGGUGGAGAGCUUUCGAGCCACCAUGGCCCAGCGCCUGGUACGCAUGCUGCAGAUCUGUGCUGGCCACGUGCCUGGUGUCUCAGCGCUGAACCUGCUGUCUUUGCUGAGGAGCUCCGACAGCCCCCCGUCCAAGGAGUCGUGAGCACUGCUGCCCUCCCCGCAUUUGGCUCUAGCUCCAUAAGCAAUCACUGUUGGUGAAGACCAGUCAGGGCCUGGCAGGCCCAGGAGGCAUCCUGCUCACUGCAAGGCUGAGUGAGCUCUGUUCCACCAGGCAGUGCAGUGCUGGGCAGGAAUGGGGAAGGGAGCCCCGUGGUUGGAAUCCCAUGCCUCCCAACUCACCCCACAGAGGCCCAUAUCUUCACCUGUCUGGUGGGCUGCAUCCACUGAAGAUUUCUUUGGAACAAAGAGCCAUGACUUAAAAAAAAAAAAAAAAAAAAAAAAAAACUGAAAAUCUGUCUCAUCCACCAUUUGACUUUGUAAAUGAGGAAACUGACUCAGUGCAAUUAAGGAGAGAGUGUGGCUUCCAGGAUCCCAGAGAAGUGUCACGUGCUGGCCCUGCUUCUUAUACCCCAGCCGUUGCUCCUGGGAACUGUUUCCUGGUGUGAAUGAUAUGGUUGGUUCUCGUGUCACGUUGAGGGGAUUAAAUGACAUGGUAGGUGG